AUGACAACCACGGCGUCCUCCUCCACCUCCUCCGCCACAAGCCAUAUCAACUCCGAUGGUGCUUCGCAACCGGUCGUCCCCAAUGCGGAAGGCUUGAACUGGUUUCUCCAAUCCACAUCCUGGACCAUCGACUACCAACGUGAAGCGCCAGUGUCAAUCCCGCCAGCCGCGGUCUUUACCAAUUUCGUCCGCGGACUGCAAUCUUGGCUCGUCCGCUUCCUCCACAAGGGGUGUAAUCCCUUUAUCCACCAGCACCUCUACUCCGAGACGACCAUGCCCCAGUGUAUCCAGGACGCAUACGCAGCCAUCGCCAUAGCGCAAACCAUCACCCCGGAUAACGAGCACGUCGUUGACGCGGUGUCGUCGAAUUACAUCAUGACCCUCUUAGCUGCCAACUCCGCAGACGAGGCAUCGUUCCUCCCGAUCCUCUCGACGAGGCAACACCUAGCGCGCACCCAAGCUCUUCUGAUCCACCUGCUCUUGUGCCUCUUCUCCCCUUCAAUUUCUCGAAGAAGCAAAGCAGAGAACUUGAUAGACACCCUGCGUCUCUGGGCCCGUCAGCUGUGGGAGUCAGCAGCGCUAGACGCAACGACAUCGCCAAUAUUCCCCAACAUCCUGUCGAGGACGUCAUGUACUCAAGCUAUCGAAACGGACGUAGUCACCAGCUUGUAUCAAGCCUUCAUCCUCUCCGAGUCCAUUCGCCGCACGUUCCUUCUCACGAGCAUGGCUACCGGAGUAUACACCAGCUUGAAGGAGACUUGGACCCAUGACUGUGCCGGCGACGUCUGUAUCACGCUCCGCGGCGAGCUCUGGGAAGCUUCCUCGCCUGCCCGCUGGGAAGCCGCCGCGCGGAAGGAGGACCCUUUGUUUCUUCAUAGCCUGAAAGGGCAGUCUCUGGUGGCCCGAGGAAUUCGGGCCGCCGAGGUUGAUGAAUUUGCGCGGCUGAUGUUCACUCUUCUAUGGGGAUUGGAAAAGAUUAUGGAACUUGUAUCUGAGCUCUACUAA